AUGGAUCUAUCGUCGUUUGGUAAUCUACACUCGUUGUAUUCGCUUUGUGGAAGAAAAAGGAAGGAAGAAAUUGCGUCGAUUUUCGAAUAUACUAUGAGGAUUUCUUCGAGCUAUAAAAAGAAACUACAUCCAUAUUUUACGCGGCUAUAUCAGUCCGUGUUAACACUGAUAAAUAUUGGUUCUCCUCGUUUUCUGAUCGUGGAAAUGUUUUUAAUACAAUCGAACAUUUUUGGAAGGAAAGGUUAUUUGCGAGGUGCGUAGAAAUAUUCCAACCUCUACAUGUACAUGACACAAAAUACGAAUCGAUUUCAUGACGUAAUCAAUACUUUUGUAUGGGAAUCCCUUAUUUACUUUUACCAAAAAAAAGUACUCUUUCAUUUAAUUUUUCAGCUCGGGUGGUGAGGAACCACCUAACUCAAAACUCCUAUACGAUGCAUAGAGUACACUAACUUCAGCUGGGAAGACUGUGCAGAAACAGGGGCAGCAAAUUGAUGCAGCUUGUUCCAACAUAAACAAGAUUCACAAUGACCUGAGCGUGGCAGAGACUUUAAUUUACAAUCUAGAUUCCUGGUUAAACAAAUGGAACGUUGAAAUUCCACAUGUGCACGUUGAUGUUCCAGAAAACAAUGCAAUGGUAAAGAAGUCUGAAUUUCCCAUUGUUUAUGCUAGGACACAGAAAGAAAAGCACUUACCCGGUAGUUUAGUUCUAUUAAAUGAAUCAGUGGAUAUUUUAACUGCGGAAAGAAAUUUUGAUAUCAGUUUUACUCUGAGGGAAAUCACUGAAAUCAGUGUUCACACACCAUGGGAGAUGACCAUAUUGCAGCUUAGGAUUGGUCAGACUGGACAGUCUGUGCAUCUCAUAGCAGCACGGUUAGUGCACAUUCUUCAAACACUUGAGGUUAUGUUGCCUGGGAAGGUAAACUAUGAGGAUCCACCAGGUGAAUUUGAAGAAGAUGCUGAGGAGAAGUUAGAUGGACUCGAUUUGCAAGGUGGGUGGAAUUCCCGGAAGGGUACCCCUAGAAUGGCCGAUAUGGGGAAGCUCCACCCAAAAGGAGUACCUUUUUCAAACUUCAGGUGUAUAAAAGGGUAGAGAUCUCGCUAGCUGAAGUAUUUCAAUUUGUAGAGACAUCUGUCAUUUUGGUCCGUUAAAAAAGGCCCAAAAGGGCUAAAAGAUGCAUUUUAUUGGUUAGCAAAGUCGAGGAAAAUGCUUUGGUUUUGUUUUUUAUUCAUAUUUUAAAGAUAAUGCAAGUAUAGCAAUUAAAAAGGAUAAAUAAUAAUAAUAAAUGUCUUUAUUGCUCAUUAGAUAAAAAUACAUAUCCAAUGUUACAGGAUAGAAAGAUUAAAAGCUCAGCUAAAUUACAAUAGAAUAAAAAGAUUAAAAAAUGCGAAAAAGAAGUUACACAUGUCUGACAUAAAAUAUCAUAAAAGAUUGUUUUAAAAAUUAAUCUAUUUACAAAUGUGUUCUUAUAACGUUCGGUGUUUAUCUUGGGCCUUUGGAAGCUUUUACGUAUAAGAUUGUAGGUUAGAUUCUUCUUUUCAUGAGGUAAGCACACCUUCAGAGGGUGGUUAACACGCUGUUUAGCUUUUUGAAAAAUCGCUUUAUCUUGUUUUUGUAGUAAUGAUCUGAUAUUUAACUGUGUAGAUAUAAAGCGUAACUUAUAGCAUCUGUCUAAAAAUUGCCGAAGGACAUUAAUUUCCACAGCGGAGGCACCAUAAACAGAUAGUCCAUAGGUUAUGUUAGGGAAAACAAUAUUAUAGAAGAGAUAAUCAAUUUCUGUCUGGCUGUAGCGCUCUUUUCUACAUACUCUCAGCACGUGUAGACAUUUGUUGGCCUUGCACAGAUUAGCUUUUAUGUGUGCAAGACAACGAAUUCAGCAAAUGUGUAGAGUAGAGGACACUUCGUGUCGUAUUACAUGAUGUAAAACUAGGGCUAGGACCUCGUGGUCAGGAAAAGAGUAAAGUUUGAGUAAACACGGUCGAGACUAUUACGACGACUCUUGCCUUGAUUUAUUACAUUGGUGGCAGCGAACUGGGAUAUAAAGAUGGAAGAAGAUGGAACUCCAGCAGGAGCCGAAGGCGGGUUACCGAAACUAGAUGAAAUGUCCGCAGGCGCCGAAGGAGGGUUACCGAAACUUGAAUCGACAGAACCCGUGCUGAAACAACAACAAAAGAAGAAAUCACCGAAAGUAGAGCCACACGAAGGGGGCAGUGACCUGCAGCAGCUCGUAAAUACCCUGUCUCAAGCUCUAAAGCAGAGUAUGGUGGCGUCAAGCGAACAAAGCGACGUUAGGAGGAACGUAAGAGCUCCACGCGUUUAUUCGGUGGGCCAAAAUUUCAAAACGUGGCUCUCGCAGUUCAUGCAAUACGCAAGUCUCGUGCACAUCAAACCGGUGGAUCGUCGAGCGUAUUUGCUUACAUUAUUGGACCAACCGGCCUACAAAGCUGUUGAGCUGCUCAAGCUCUCGGAAUCGCUACCGUUCGAAGAAUUUACUGAUCAGUUGACUCGAAGAUUUGAUUCGGGGAAGACGAAAGAAGAUUACAAAUUGCAGUUGCGGGCACGAUGCCAAAAGCCAAAUGAAGAUUUCGAUGGAUUUGCGGAUAGCUUGAUGGAAUUGGUCGAAAAUGCGUACCCAGAGGCGGCCUAUUCGUUUAAAGUGGAACUGGCAAGGGACCAGUUUCUUCAAGGUGUAGCAAUUAGUGAUGACAUUCGUGAGAGAGUUUUUAUGAGUCAGCCGAGUUCGCUCGUGGAAGCUGUGCGUGUGGUUCGCCAGUUGGAAAGUGCUCGUAAGGCUUGUCGCGCAGCUCCUGCGGUUGAGAAGAAGAAACCUGUUAAUGUGAUUGGUGCCUCGGCUGAUAGUGAGAAGAUUUCAUCUGAAAUACGCGAGCUCAAGGAAUUAGUUCUUGGCAUGAAUGAGAAAAUUCGUGAGCUGGAAAUGAAAACGGAAGCAAAAACCGUGACAGCCCCACGGCGCCGAAACGAAGUAGUGUGUUACAAUUGUCGUAAACAGGGUCAUUUUGCACGUGAUUGUCCGACUAAUACAACGGGAAACGGAGCUCGGGGCCUGCCAAGGGCCAGACAGUCCCCGUAGGACCAGUACGUGUGGCCCUGUCAGACAGUGAUGUCCGUGAGGUAAAUUACAAUACAACCGCGAAUGACAGUGUAAUUUCAGCCAUAUCUGAUUCCGGGAUUUACAUUACUGGACUUGUGAAUCAUUGUUUAACUUGUGUAUUGUUGGACACUGGCGCUACGGUUAGUGUAUUGAGCGAGGACACAUGGAAGAAAAGUGGAUAUGUUUCUAAACUUAAACCAGUGAUGGGAACAUUAACGACAGCAAAUGGCAAUGAACUGACUGUCUUAGGAGAAACCCAAGUGAGAUUUCGCAUAGGAAACAUGGAUUGCUCCUGGCCUGUCAUGAUUGCGCAAAUCUAGCACAUGAUUGUAUUCUUGGUUCAGACUUUUUUCAGCAGUAUGGAUGUCAAAUUCACUAUGACACGGGAACCUUUGGGGUAGGAGAUGCUGAAAUUCCUAUUAGAUACUGCAAGGUCACACCUAGUGUUUGUAGACUUUAUCUGUGUGCUGAAGUAGAAGUAGAGCCGGGGACUGAACAAGUGCUAGGAGCUAGAUUGGAAGAGGGAUAUGAACAAAAUACGGGAAGCCCUGGGAUCUUGGAGGGCUCAAAGGAACUAAAGGGAAAAUCGGAAAUUUGCAUAGCUCGUUCCCUUGUGGUUCCAAGGGCGGGACAGGCCCUUGUUCGAGUUGCCAACUUCUCGGAUAGACCAAUCAAGAUACGGUCAGAUGUUCCUAUUGCCGAAUAUCACCCUAUUAGCAGCGUGAAUGGUAGUAUAAUUCCCAUUGGAGUUGACUCAGAAUCGAAAAGUACCUCUCGGCCACAUGCAUUCUGUUCGACCAUUGACAGCACAGUGGGGAAGAGUGAGCAGACAAAAGGAGAGGGAGAAAAGUGGAGGACAAUCUGUGAACAACAAAACCUGGAAGGGCUUUCAGAAGGUCAAAAGGAACAAUUCUCGUCUCUGGUGAAAGAGUAUGAGGCCAUUUUUGCUAUGAACAGUUCGGAUUUAGGGAAAUCUGAUCUCAUGGAACAUGAAAUUAAUACGGGUGAUUGUACACCAAUUAAGCAACCACCGCGCCGUAUUCCCCCUCACCAAAGAGAAAUCAUUGACCAACAGCUGGAUGAGCUCGUAGCUAAUGGUAGGGUUGAACAGUCCCAAAGUCCCUGGAGUAGCCCCGUUGUGUUGGCCCGUAAACAUGAUGGAACUUACCGUAUGUGUAUUGACUUUCGGAGACUUAACCAGUACACACAAAAAGAUGCUAUCUCGCUGCCUAGGACUGAUGAUGUCUUAGAGGCCCUGGGCGGUGCUCAGUGGUUCUCGUGCCUUGAUUUGGCCUCUGGAUAUUGGCAGAUGCCAGUGAAGGAGGAGGACAAACCCAAAACUGCGUUUUCAACUCAUCGUGGACAAUUUCAAUGGAGGGUUAUGCCAUUUGGUUUGACAAAUGGGCCAGCAAGCUUCACCAGAUUGAUGAAUCUGGCACUCAGUGGACUCACUUGGACACAUUGCCUUGUGUACUUAGAUGACAUUAUCAUCUGGGGCUCUACAUUUGAAGAACAUCUUCACCGCCUACGGUUGGUCUUUGACAGAAUACAAGCAGCGGGUUUGAAAUUAAAGCCAACCAAGUGUCAGUUCCUGAAGAGAGAAGUUACCUUUCUGGGUCAUGUUGUUUCCGGUGAUGGAAUAAGGACGAAUCCGGAGAAAGUUAAAGCAGUUGAAACUUGGCCAACACCGCUGGACGUCAAAGAGCUUCACAGCUUCCUCGGUCUGGCUAGUUAUUAUCGGCGGUUUAUUGCCGGAUUCUCCAUCAUUGCGGAGCCACUCUAUAAACUGUGUAGGAAGGACACGCCCUUUCAUUGGCAACAAGAGCAACAAUCUGCCUUUGAAGAGCUCAAACACCGAUUAGUCAGUGCACCAGUCCUAGCCUAUCCAGAUUUUAACGCCGGUGCAGGGUCAUUCAUACUGGACACAGAUGCUAGCCAACAUUUGGGAAUCGGGGCAGUCUUAUCUCAGCUGCAACCUGAUGGGACAGAACGAGUAAUUGCAUACGGGAGUCGCUCUUUGAACGAACAUGAAAGAAAUUAUUGCACUACUCGGUUGGAGAUGUUAGCUUUAGUCACCUAUGUUGACCAUUUCCGUUAUUAUCUGCUUGGACGGCGGUUCUGCCUACGAACUGACCACCACUCGUUAACCUGGUUGAUGUCCUUCAAGGAGCCCCAAGGGCAAGUGGCCCGCUGGCUGGAACGCCUGCAAGAAUACGACUAUACAAUUGAGCACCGGCCGGGGAGACAGCAUGGUAAUGCAGACGCCUUGUCACGGCGACCAAGGCGUCAUCAUGGAGAGUGCCCAUCGUGUGUUCCGUCAGCCCGACCCCAGGUAGCCGCUGUGGCAGGGUUGCCAACGGUUCAUAAGCAGUGUGAGGGGAGGGAUAUAUGGUCGACUGCAGCAGUGGCACAAGCACAAAGAGAAGACCCUGAUAUUGACCCGGUGGUAGCGCAGUUGUCACAAGAGUGGAAGAAACCGACGACUGAGGAACUUCAGCCCAUGAGUCGAACCACUCGGGCAGUAAGGGCGCAACUUGACCUGUUGCAGCUGAAGGGAGGAGUGCUCUAUCUUCAGUCGCCUACAGACACCUCUCCAACUAAGCAACAGAUAGUUUUGCCACAAAGCCUGGUUAGGCCAGCGCUUACUGAAGUUCAUGAUGGUCCUGCAGGUGCCCAUUUGGGGAGAAUGAAGACCCUGAAGAAAAUGAGUGCGAGAUUUUGGAAGCCGGGCUUGACAAAGGACGUGCAUCGGUACUGCGAUGGUUGCCUUACCUGUGCCAAGUGCAAGUCUAGACCAAAGCCAAGAGCACCUCUGCAGCCAUUGGCCACUGGAAAUCCCAUGCAAAGGAUCCACAUUGACAUAGUUGGACCAUUACCUCGGACACGAAGAGGAAAUCGCUACAUUUUAACCGUGCAGUGCAGUUUCACCAAGUGGGCUGAAGCGUUUGCAAUUCCUAACCAACGUGCCACAACUUGUGGAAAGGUGCUUGUGAGGAACUGGAUUUGCAGAUUCGGUGUGCCCGACAGCAUCCACAGUGAUCAGGGGCGUAACUUUGAGUCGAAGGUUUUUGAAGAGAUGUGCCACUUGCUAGAGAUCAACAAAACGCGGUCAACUGCUUACCAUCCAGAGGGCAACGGGCAAAUUGAGAACCUACACAAGACCCUUAAGAGCAUGUUGAAAGCUAAAGUUGGAGGUAAACCUCAGAGCUGGGAUGAACACCUGGAUUAUUGCAUGAUGGCCUACCGGAGUAGCAUCCAUGCCUCCACAGGGCACACUCCAUUUGAACUGAUGUUCGGAAGAGAGAUGAGGAUACCCUUGGACGUGAUGAUGGGUGGGGUUAAGGACAGUGAGUGCUCGUACACUGAAUUUGCUGCUAAUCUACAGGAGGAUUUAGAAGGUGCAUACCGGGAUGUACGGGAGAAUCUGAAGGUUGCUCAGCGACGCCAGAAAGAUGCUUACGACAAGGGAGUGAAGCACACGGUCUAUCAACCUGGAGAUUUAGUCCUGCGCUACACCCCACAGCUAAGGCCAGGUGAAGCAAGCAAGUUUCACCGACAGUGGGAUGGUCCGUUCGAGAUCGUAUCACAAGUCACCGAAGUUACGUACUGUGUUAGAAAAGUUGCAGGACGUUCUAGGAGGUCCAAGGUAGUCCAUUUCAACAACUUGAGGUUGUACCAGAGAAAACAGGAGAAGGCAGUGGGUGAAGUAGUUACUGGUGGUUUGGGCACUGCACCUGCAGUGGAGACUGUUGAAGAAGGACAUGCACAGUCGAUGCCGGGAGAAGAAGAUGGGACAGUUGUUGGGGUGGCAAUGAGUGCAGUUGAAGAAGAGAGUGAGUUGUUGGAAGGUGAUCCUGAACUGUCAAGCCAACAACCCGAUACGCCAGAGAUUAGUGGUUGUCAGUCGGAUGACGUCCAGCCCAGCGGGGCGGAAAGGGAUGUUAGAAGUGAUCCUUCAGUGGAAGCGCCAGACACUAAGGACGGUGGCCCCCUUGUAGAUACCCUAGAUGCUACAAGCAAACCAACUCAAUCUGACCCAUCUGACCUCAGUGGCGAGGAGGAAGGGAGUGAACAUGAAGGUGAAGGACUGGAACCGGAGCCUACUCUCCAGAAUCGAAGACCGGUGCGAGUGAGAAGACCCCCAGACCGUUAUGGAGAGUGGGUUAUCAGUAGUCUACAGCAAAUUGUAGAUCGCGUACAAAUGCUGGAGGACAAGCGGACCAUGGAAAAAGAUCGGAUUAAGAAACUGAGACCGAAAUUGUUAAAGAAGGCUCGAGCACUAAGAGGAUAUUGAGACUAUGAUUUGUUAUGGACAGUUUUUUUUUGUAUUAGUUUUCUUUCCUUUGCUUGUGAAUUGGACUGGUUACCUUGACACUGUUACACUUUCAAGUGUUGUCCGUGAAUCCGGAGACUCACCCUUUUAAUUAGAGAGGGGAUAGUGUAGAGUAGAGGACACUUCGUGUCGUAUUACAUGAUGUAAAACUAGGGCUAGGACCUCGUGGUCAGGAAAAGAGUAAAGUUUGAGUAAACACGGUCGAGACUAUUACGACGACUCUUGCCUUGAUUUAUUACAAAUGCAAAGUUCUAAACUAGAUUUGUAAAGGGCUACCAUUGGUCAAUAGAAGGUAUUUAAAAGGAGUACCUUUUUGCCAAAGUUGUAUAUAAAAGGUUAACUGGGUGGACCUCAGGGCAGAGCCUCCCAGUAUAAAACUUUGUAAAAUACCCCCCACUCCCCUCCUCCCCCUUCAAGGGGGUAGAACCGCAGUUUUAUUGUUUCACUCAUUAGCAAAUUAAGUAAUGGAGUGUUUCUUUUUUCCAAUAACCUGAUUAUCUGGUGUUUUCGGGGGAAUGGAGACUGGUGGGAAGCAAAAGAGGAGACAGGCUCAUUUUCUGCUGCUUUCUGUAGUCCAGGUUCACUCCUCCCUGAGAAGAAAGGAAGUACCUCAGACAGCUCAGGUUCAUUUCCCAAACCAGUUGCUGGUAAUCAAGCCUAUUUUGUGUCACUCCUUCCUUUAUCUCUUCUCCUCCCCCAUUUCCACCAAAAUAUCCUUUAGGCUAUUUUGGCAAAAACUGCCCAAUAAAGUAAAGCCUUUCAAAUGCCCAGGGAAAGAAGGGAAGAAGUGAAAGUGUUUUAUCUUUUUUGCACGCCAGAACUGUGAAAGCUUCCCAGCAUUGUGCUGGUAAUCAACAUUUUGGGUAGCUGAAAACAAUACGGUUCAACUAACUUUUGCUAGGGCUUUGCUUCGUGUUAACUCUUUCCCCACUGAUGUUUUCAGGUAGCUGAGAAAGGAGUCUUGGACCUCCCUGUCCUCCCCCCCUCCCCCUGCCCUAACCAGGUGACCUUGUAACAAACUAAUAUCCAGUUCAGAAAGAAAGGAGUGACAAUAAUAAUAAUAAUAGUACAAACAAGGUCCAGCUCUUUUGGCUUGAAUAGUACUUUAACCAAAUAUAAUCCUGUCGUUCAUUACAGAUAAUAUCGAUGAUGCAAGCGCUGAUCGAGGAGACUUUCAGUUUAACAGCAGUACAGCAAAGAAUUCCAAGGCAGUAACAGAUGCUGAAGCAGCUGAGAUGGGGCAGGUUCUGCAGGGUAUGAGAAGUCUCGCACUGGGAAUACAGGAUGAACAGAACAGGCAGCUUCGACAAUUGGACCUGCUAUCAGAUUCUGUUGAUAAAGCCAAUGAGAGAGUACGAACUGAUUCUCGCAAGAUUUCAAAACUCUCCUGACUUGAACAUCUACUCAAAAGCUUGUACUUUUUGUUGAAUGCUGGGAGUAUCAUAAUGAUUUACAUUAUUGUCCUUUGUCAGUUGGGUCUGGUUAUAACACAGGUAACCCAGGCUCCGUGAUAGUACCACAGUACAGUUCCAGUGAAAUUACAGUGUUUGUAUGGGGUAAAAAUAUCAUCCUAAAAUUUCUAGGAAAUACUAAAUAAAGAUCAAUGAAACCUACUCUGCAGUUAAUUGUUGUUGUCCUUAUUGCUCCAACGAAGUUUCGUGAUAAUUUGCAGUAAUUUGUUCAGUUAUUGUAGAUAGAGUGAAUUUGAACAAAUUACUGCAAAUUAUCACUAAACUUCGUUGGAGCAAUAAGGACAACAACAAUUAACUGCAGAGUUAGUUUCAUUUGAUCUUUAUUUAGUAUUCCCUAGAAAUUUUAGGAUGAUAUUUUUACCCCAUACAAACACUGUAAUUUUACUGGAACCGUACUGUGGUACUAUCACAGAGCCUGGGUUACCUGUGGUUAUAAUAAUGGAUGUCAAUGCUAGUGUAGGCAAAAAGUGGGGAAUUAAGGGCGAGGAUAACAAAGGCACCUUUCCUUUCAGAAAAACUACUUAAAAAUAACUUAAAUUAAAAUUCAAAAGACACACAGAAUAUUAUUCUGUUAUUAUUCAAAAUACAAUUGCCAAGUGACAAAAAUAACUGGAUUAGCCGAGUGCAAUGAAUAAGACUUUUAGCUGAUGCACGGAACAGGAAAUGUUCGAUAAUUCGUGAUCAGCCUCAAAUUAAUAUGGGCCACUUAGUAAACCUAGUGGUUUCUCAAAUAAGGUAAGUGCUUCGAGAAGAUGCUUACGCUAUGCCCCCACCCCACCACCGCAAGCAGUAACUUCAGGCUUUUACCGUGGUGUUGAUUGGGACUUUGACCCCAGAAACGAAAGCAUUAAAAAAUGGAAAAUAUAUUUAAAAAGUUUAUUUUAUUGAGUUCACGUUGAGCUUGCGUUUACACUUUUAAGCAAUGAAUAAAAGAACCUUAAUGUAUCAAAUUUUAUCUUAAACGUCCCUUAGCUUAAUAAUCAAAGGGGCUGUGUCACGUUUAAUCUGUUCACCUUGUUUAUAUUGUAGUUAAUUUUUUAUCUCAGGUAUUUUUUAUUUUUAUUUUGUUUUUGGGCAUGGUAAUGUCUGCCAAUGAAGUUGAAACAAAGGAAAAAUAA